AUUGAGAAAAAGUAGAAGAAUUAAGUCGUUUAUAGAUAUUUUUUGCUUAUGUUUUAAGUUAUGCAAAAAUACGAGAAGCUCGAGAAAAUAGGCGAAGGCACAUAUGGAACUGUAUUCAAAGCCAAAAAUAGAGAAACUCUUGAAAUAGUCGCUUUGAAAAGGGUCCGACUUGAUGACGACGAUGAGGGAGUCCCAUCCUCCGCCCUUCGUGAAAUUUGUUUGUUGAAAGAACUUAAGCACAAAAACAUUGUAAGACUUUACGAUGUGUUACACAGUGAUAAAAAACUCACCCUAGUUUUUGAACAUUGUGACCAAGAUUUAAAAAAGUACUUUGAUAGUUUAAAUGGUGAUAUUGAUCUAGAUGUAGUGAAAUCUUUCAUGUACCAAUUAUUACGAGGCUUAGCUUUUUGUCAUAGCCAUAAUGUACUUCAUAGAGAUUUGAAGCCCCAAAAUUUACUAAUCAAUAAAAACGGUGAGCUUAAGCUUGCUGAUUUUGGUCUAGCAAGAGCAUUUGGUAUUCCAGUAAAAUGUUAUUCGGCAGAAGUUGUCACUUUGUGGUAUCGUCCCCCAGAUGUACUUUAUGGGGCUAAACUUUAUACCACAUCUAUUGAUAUGUGGUCUGCUGGAUGUAUAUUUGCUGAAUUGGCCAAUGCAGGGAGACCAUUAUUUCCUGGAUCAGAUGUGGAUGAUCAACUAAGAAGGAUAUUCAAAUUAUUAGGUACUCCAACAGAAGACACAUGGAAUGGAAUGUCUCAGUUACCUGAUUACAAGCCAUUUCCAAUUUAUCAGCCUAAUAUGAGUAUAUCUCAGGUAGUACCUAAAUUAGGAAAUAGGGGUAGAGAUCUUCUUCAAAAGCUGCUAGUAUGCAAUCCAAUGGGUAGGAUGUCUGCAGAUGAUGCAAUGGCUCAUCAAUAUUUCAUUGACCUAAACCCAUCUGUAAAGAAUUAGUUGUUUCUUAACAAAAUUAUUACAUAUUAUGUGUGAGAUAUUAUGUUUUGAUAUAAACAAAAUAUGAUUUUGUAGUUUUCUAUUUAAUUUUUAAAGUAAAAGUAAUAUAUACAUUAUUUAAUAUGUAUUUACACAAAACUGCUUUAGUCAUUGUACAUGGUAUUAUGCUGAUUUAUUUUACAAGUGUGCAAUUUUCAGAGAUAAACAAUUUUAUUUUACUUAAUUUACAGUAGAGAAACUGGAAUAUACCAAGAUUUAGCAUAAUAAACAAAAAAAAACAUGAUGAUCUGAAACUUGAGUAAUUUACAAAAUAAUAGGUGAAGAGAAAAAAUUUGUUAUGAUUUAGAAAUGAAGUCAUACAGAAUAGUUUGCAUUUUAAGGAAAAUUCAAAAGAGGAAACAGACUGGUAAAAAGAAAUAUCACAUCAACCAUUGGUUUUGUUAAAAUUAAUAGAUAGAAAAUCAACCUCUCAUACCUGCACAACCUGUUUAGAUAGAAGUUUUAGUUGAACAUCUUUGUUGAAUGAAGGAUUUAGUCAGCUGUUCAUAAUUUGGAAUACCGAGCUUCCCCUCUUGGACCAUAUAUAUUUAAAGAUUAUUAUUGCCAAUAAUUUAUUUGUUGCAUCAUACUUACUGAUUUUGGUUGAGCUUUGAUUAUUAUUUGUGUAGAAAAAAAUGUCAAACUUAUUUAUUAUAUAUAUAUAUAUAUUGUCAUAUCUACAAUACGCAGUACAUCAAUAGAAUGUUUUGGUAAAAUAUUUAAAGCUAGGAAUAAUAUACAAGAUACAUAAAUUUGGCCGUCAAUAUCUGGCACACAUAGUUUUGCAUUGCAAUUACAAUUUUCCUAUAUAGAAAAACGUAUCUAGUUACUCUAAAAACUCUAAUACAAAAGGACUGACUCGACUGUGUAGUUAUAAAUUAUUCAUUUUGCAAUAACUAAAUUAUUUUCAAAAUUAACAAAAUUAUUUGGAUUGAUUUCAUUUUUAUAAGCUUUAAAAUUCUAUUUUGUUACAUUAUUUCAUAAUAGUUGAUAUAUGUGUUUCAAAUAAACCUUCAAAAAAUGUUACUGCUGUCAUGUUCUUAACAAUCGCCAAAAAUAAAACCUGCUUUAAAAAAUGUUUUCAAUUAGUUUGUCUUUUAGAGGUAACAUACAAUUAAAUCUGAAAUGCGCGAAAUAAUCAUGUCAUAUUAAUAAAAAUCACAUUGUCCUAAUUUUUGAUAUGUUUUGAGCAUGAUGUAUACAUGAGAUAGAGACUACUCUGUUCUCUACUCCAAUUACCAGAUGCCUUUCAACUAUGCUUAGCCUCUUACACUGUUUUUUGAGAUAAUACAAACAUAAAAUCAUAACAUUUAAAUCCAUAGUAACAAAAAAAAAUCUAUUCUAUUUAGGCCAACUGGUCAAAAAUAUUUUGAGCCUGAAAUUUUUGACAAGAAAGGAAAAAAUCAUUGAAAAAUGAAUUCAAAAACAAGGAAUUCUUAUAAGAAUCCGUAAAUACUUCUCUUGUAGUUUAGUUUCAAGGUUUAUUUGUAUUCUAGAAGCAAUGUUUUGAAGUUCUUGAAUAAUGAGUAAUAAAUUAGCUAAUGGGAGAUGAUUAUCUGUCAUUAUUUGAGUAAGUGUAGAUCAAAUAAGUAAACAAAUUGUUAAAUUAUUAUGACAAUAAAACAAAUAAAAUAGUUAUUCGUAUUGCAAACUCUUUUGUGUAUUUAGUUAAAAGUCAUUAUUGGGUUACUUUUAAAGUAAAUUAUGUCACGUAAUCACAGCGUAACAAACAAGUAGGUUACAAAAUGAACCAUGUAUUCUGGGAUACACCAAGCUGUACAUUAUGAACCCAUUACUCCAAACAAACUUCGCAUUACACUGAUUUCGAAGAGGAAAUACCAAAUUUUGAGCGACUUUUUGCUCUUUUUUAUGCUUAUCAAAAAUAGUAUGUUUUUUACAGUUUUCAGAUAGCAAAAGUGAACAUGUAAUCCGUCUUCUUAAACUGGUACUAGAAUGUAGAAACAUUUUAAAAAAAUAUAUCUAAUUCCAUAAAAUAGUUUGCUUCCUGUGGACUAGUUGGCUUCCAAAUAUGGCACAAUUAAAUUUUUUCAGUGCGAGGUGUCGUCUUACAUAUGGUAAAUCAACUUGCUUGUAAUAUUUCAAUGGAGCGGAAGUUUUCUUGUUGUCUCUGAAAAAUUUUGGCAAUAAUGAAUGUGCAGCUCCACAAUUGUAUACCCAAUAUUUGUAUGAGGAUUAUAUUAAUAGCGAAAUCCUGCUCCUAAUCUUUUUAAGUAGGAGACAAGCUGUGAUAAUAAGAGUCCGCAUCAACCACACAAAACUUACUCGCGGUUAAUUGAUGUCCUAUCUGCGAAAGUUGUCAAAUUCCUGUGUCUGUUAAGCAAAUCUUCACUGAUUGCAGAGAAUAUCCUAGCGCAUACUAGCAGUUUGAUAUGAAAACCAACCUCAAGGUGACACUUAACUGCCUGAGAGAAUUAAAAAAAAAACCUAGUUUCUCAAGUCAUCAAGCUGUAUGAGAAAAUUAAUUAAUUUAUGUAUUGUAAUAGAUUUUGUAACAGUCCUUUAUCUAAUUACUGGCACUGCCGAGGCACGUUAAACUGAAAUAAAAUACAUGAAAUAUAUAUAUAUAUAUAUAUAUAUAUAUAUAUAUAUAUAUAUAUAUAUAUAUAUAUAUAUAUAUAUAUAUUUAUUGAGAUUAUUGUAUCAAGAGAAUAGUUGGGUUUGAUUGCUCCAUCUCUCAUUCCCUAAGUCUAUUAUACAUUUUCAAUAUUAUUACAUUGAUAAACUUUUUUCUUGUGAUUUGUCUCAUUUCACCCUUACAGUACAAUUUCAAAAUUUUGUUUGAGGGAUAUCUUUUUUCUGAGCGUGGAAUGAAUCAAAAUAUAGCCAUGAUAAUUUACAUUCACCGAUUUAGGUUCUUUAUUACUAGUUGCAGAUUAAAAUCAUCACAUCUCAUAAUAUUCCAUUUUGUGAUUACAGUGGGCAGUAUUUUUUUCUUGUAAUAACAUUAGAAUGCUAAUAUACCAGAA